AUGUCUGCUCCCGGUGCUGGUCACGAAUUCCCCGCUAAGCCUGUGUCCUGGCAAAAGCGCGAUGUCCUGCUCUUCGCUAACAGCAUCGGCUGCAAGGCCGACGAGUUGCAGUUCCUUUAUGAGCUGCACCCCAAAUUCUCGGUCUUCCCGACCUACCCCCUGAUCUUGCCCUUCAAGCUCACAGAUCAGGAGGUGACAAACUUCUAUGAGCGCCAGUCGGCCGUCCAUAUCCCUGGUGUUCCGAAAUUGGAUCACCGCCAUGGAGUCGAUGGCCAGCGCAAGCUGACCAUCCUCAAGCCGCUUCCUCCCACUAGCGCUGGACGCAAGUUUGAGCUGCGCAACAAGGUCAUCGGUGUCUACGACAAGGGCAAGCCCGGUACUGUCAUGGAAACCGAGCAGUCUAUUGUCGACGCCGAGAGUGGCGAGGUGUACAACAAGGUUUUGACGAGCGGCUUUUUGGUCGGACAGGGUAACUGGGGUGGACCUAAGGGGCCCUCCACAGUUAACUUCCCUCCUCCCGAGGGCAAGGCUCCUGAUGCCACUCAUGUCAUUCAGAGCACUAAUGAGACUGCUCAUCUGUACCGUUUGAACGGAGACUAUAACCCUCUGCACGCCACCCCCGAGCCUGGCCAGAAGAUGGGCUUUGGUGGUAUCAUCAUCCACGGCCUGUUCAGCUGGAACUCUGCUGCCCACGGCAUCCUGCGCGAGCUUGGAGGUAGCAACCCUGACAAUAUCAAGGAAUUCCAGGCUCGCUUUGCGUCCCCUGUUCGUCCCAAUGACAAGCUUACUACAGAGAUCUGGCGGAUGGGCAAUGUCCAGGCGGAUGGCUUUGAGGAGGUCCGCUUUACUACCAAGAACCAGACUGGAAAGGUUGUUCUGAGCAAUGGUCGUUGUCUGCUGAAGGUUGUCAGCCCGAAGAGUAAGCUGUGA